AUGGAAAAGUUGAAACAAUACAUCCUUAAUUUCAAUCUAUUUCCAUCGAUUCCUCCAUCAACUGAUCCAUAUCAACUGAAAAAUGAAACAAUUUCAACAAAAAUAUUCAUCAUAUUAUUCAUUCUCAUUAUGACAAUCUUGUUAUUAUAUACAUCAUUAGCAACAAUAACAAAAACAGUUAAUGUUCAAUCACCAACUAUCGAAAAGUAUUUCGAAUUAUAUUCAAAAUAUUCUCAAACAUUAUCAUGUCCAUGUACAAAAAUCUCGAUAGAUUAUGGAAAUAUUCUUGAUAUAGAAUAUUCACUUCAUCAAAUAUGUCAAAGUGAUUUUAUAUCUGGAGAAUGGAUAUAUUCUCUUGAUUAUGUUCAUUUUCAAGGCAAUAGUUUGAUCUGGUAUAGAGAUUUACUCUCAAUAUUCCCACUAUUCUUUCAAGGACUUCAACUGUUUUGUACAACAAUUGAAGUAAUAAUACAUGAUAGUUUGAAGAAAUUCAACUCCAAUCAGUAUGUAAGCACAUUUCUCACACCCUCUGAAUUCUUCGAAUCACAAAUAUUACUUUCAAUUAAUCAAUUUCAAACAUCACUUAUCAAUGAUUAUGCAUUAUCACUUUCAAUGGUACAAGAAAUGAUGGAAAGUAAUUCAUUAUAUGUUACGUCUGAAUUUAAUUACGAAUUAUAUAAAUCUAAUAAAACUUUUUAUGCUGUUACAUCGCUAUAUAAUAAUUGUACUUGUGAUUUAGUAUCAUCAUGCAUUUAUACACCUACAUAUAACAAUACCGAGUUUAAUAUUACUGAAGCUGAUAAACUACCUGGUUUUUAUAUUGGAUGCUAUUCGAGUAAAGGAUUGCUGUCAUCAAAUUUGCAGUUUUUAUAUUAUAAAUCGUAUAUUGAAAGAAUUCGAUCAAUUUAUAGAUGGGUAGAAGAAGUAGAAGUAAGUAGACUUGAGAAGUCAAUUUCAAAUAUUUAUUCGGAAAAUUCAUCAGUUCAAGAAUUAAUUAAUAAAAUAAUGAUUGACCAAUGGAAUUCCUUGAUAAUGUAUGAAAAAUAUUAUAAUGAAUGCUAUCCAAAACUAUGUACUUAUAGUUAUCAAACACGAAAUGAUUUUAUUUAUAUUAUUACAACAUUAGUUGGUUUGAUUGGUGGUGUAAUUACUACUCUUAAAUUUAUUGUACCAAGAAUCGUGAAAUUAUUUCGACGUUAUGUAUUAAAACAUACAAAAAUUCAUUCACAAACACCAACUAUUCAAAAUUAA